UUACUCUGACUGUCAAAGUUGCAGACGAUGCUGACCAUGCAGACACAAGUCCGAAAAAUAGCGAUGUGUGUCGAACUUUGUCGACUAUUGUCGAAAGAAUGGAAAGAGUGAACUCGUAAAAAGCCGUACUGAGCAAUCCUGCACUCUGCCGAACUCCACAGAUGUUUUAAUGUGUUUCAAGCGUUUCAAGCUGUUAGGUAAAAACGCGAGACUGUGUGAGGUUAUGUUAAGAUAUUAUGUCCAUGUCUAACAUGCCAAAAGACAACAACAGAUCACAGAAUAUGGACAAUACAAGCGAAAAAGGCAAUCUGAUUUCUUCGGGAAAUUUUGACAAAAAGAGCAUUCGUUUUCGUGGCUCGAAUAAAAGUGUCAAACCUCUUGGGAACAGAGUUGAAAACAUAAACGUCGACGAGAGCAAACCAGAACUGUCAGAAGAGGAGAUCUCCACACAAAAAUGUGGAAUAUCGUUGCUGCAGUUUUUAAGAACAGAAUUAACGAGAGGCUAUCAUCUCGAGCAGGACGAAGAAAGGUUCUCUGCUCAGAGGGAAAAAAUGUAUUCUUUUAUGAAAAUACCUAGAGAGGUGGAAAAAUUUAUGACUUAUGGAUUCUUUCAGUGUGCUGAUUCGUUCCUAUUCGUUUAUACAUUCUUACCUUUAAGAUUUAUAAUUGCUAUGUGGGCAAUAGUUACGAGGCCUCUUAAAUAUUGUUUGGGAGGUAAAAGAAUUCGCAAAAAGGGAGAGCGAUUUUUGAGACCUGCUGAAGUGUGUGAUUUGCUAAAAGGAGUGGUGGUGUUAGGUUGCUGGGUAGCUACGUGGAAGGUAGACACUUCCAUGAUGUAUCACUUGGUAAAGAGUCAAUCUGUCAUCAAAUUAUACAUAUUUUACAAUAUGCUGGAAGUAGGAGACCGGCUUUUUAAUUCCUUUGGUCAAGACACCAUAGAUGCGUUGCUGUGGACUGCAACAGAGCCUCGAUCUCGUUCUAAUUCUACGCAUUCUCAACACCUUGGCACGAUACCUCAUUUAUUAUUCGCUCUUGCCUAUGUCUUUUUGCAUACAAUAUUGGUGUUAUUUCAGGCGACAACGUUGAACGUGGCAAUUAACAGUAGUAAUAAGGCCCUACUUACAAUCAUGAUGUCGAACAACUUUGUCGAACUUAAAGGAUCAGUUUUUAAGAAAUUUGAUAAGAACAACUUAUUUCAACUGUCUUGUAAUGAUGUGAGGGAGCGUUUUCAUUUAACUAUGUUGCUUCUUGCCGUUGUUUUACAAACUAUGAAGGAAUAUGCAUGGCGGGCUGAUCGUCUUGCAGUCCUUUUACCAGAUUGCGUUAUGCUUCUCGUGGCUGAGGUUCUUGUUGAUUGGGUGAAGCAUGCUUUCAUCACACGUUUCAAUGAUUUGAGAUCAACAGUCUACAGGGACUACACAGCGAGCUUAGCAUACGACAUGUCCCAAACAAGAGAAGAAACUGCAUUUUCCGAUCCGUCAGAUUUAGUGGCUCGAAGAAUAGGUUUCAUUCCUCUGCCCCUCGGUGUUGCAAUGGGUCGAGUUUUGUGCACGACCGUGGCUCCUUCCGCAAAGCCCAUCAAUAUUGCUCUUUUCGUCUUCGCUUACUUCAUACUCGUCUGUCUCAGAGUGAUAAUCAGUCUCGUAAUUCUGGGGAAAGCAACAACUCUAAUAUCUACUCAUAAAAGUUCGUGCGAUGGCGAAAUCUUCAAAAAACCAUCAUCGAAGAAUUCAGAAUCUAGUCACAUAGAAGUGAAAAACACAAACCUUACCAUGCCCAUGUUUUCUAAUAGCGCUGUCAGUUUAAAUAAUGUUUGUUUAAAUGAUGCGCUACUUGUAUCCGAGGAAACCCUUAAAAUAGAUAGAUUCCAACACAGCGUCGUAGAGCCUCUUUCGCCAUUUAAAAACGUCUCUAGAGCGGGCAGCGAGCCUCUCCUUUCUCAAUGACUAAUAAUAUUAUUGUGAUUCAUAAAAUAGCUUUUUUUAUCAAAGUAAAUUGUACAUAGUAUUAUUGUAAAUAUGUUAAUAAUUGUGAAAUAUGGGUGAUAUGUGAUAAUUAGAGGUUGGAUAAUACUAGGAUAGCACUUAUACUUUUUUCUCUUAAAUUUUAUAGAACUAAUACAUUCUAUUUUUUCAGUGUUCACUUAGAAACUUAUUUAAAAAAUUUUAAACUGCAUAUAUUCCUCAAGUCAGAAUUUUUUAAAUUUAAAAGUAUUACUCUAAAUGAAAUUAUUUUGUUAUUUAUGCAUAUACAUACACUCUUGCACGUGUUUAAAUCUUAUCACAGUUAAGAUCCUCGAGUUUUUAAUUGAAAUCCUUAUUCUUAAUUUUAUUCCUUUCAUUGUUUAUGUUGUUCAAAUAGGGUUGUUUCGUAACAUUAGAUACAAUAAUUGUGAAACUGUUAAUUUUAAGCUAAACUGAGUGCUUCGUUAAUUUGUUUUUCUUUGCAUUGGUGAGCGGAAAAAUGUUAAAAAUUUGAAACGAGAAAACAAUUAUUUAAAGUAAUGUCACGUGCAUGAAAGAUGACAGGGGUUCUUAAAUAUUAUAGCCAAUGAGCGAUUGGUUUUCAGACUCUAACCAAAAUUAUAAUGAAAGUUAUGGUAAAGUCCUUUUAGACUGAGUACUUAAAUAUUUUUAUUGAAGAAUCCAAAUUUUUUUGUUCUGGUACAUAAAGUGAGGGUUUGUAAAAAAGUGAGAUUAUGUCACUAUGUUGAAGUUUAUGAAGUAUGCGUACCUAUUGUAUUACUUUAAAAAAAUAUUUUUUUAACUACAACUGUUGACAUCAACCAAACAAACAAAAUAUGCACACAGAAAACUUAUGCGGAAUUCACUGAUAUCUAUAAGUUGUAAUCGAGGUAAACCCUAUCAAUUUGAUGUCAAUCCUGACAUACAAUUAACAUAAUUUAAAAAGUUAUAAAUUCAACAUUAAUUAAAAAUAGUAAAUAAAAUGUAAAAAAUUUUAUUAACGUGUAUAAAAUUAAAAUUUUAUAAACUAUAAAAUCCCACCAUUGGAAAAAUAAUAAUGUUUGGAAACAACCCUAUUAAAUAAUACUGUAAGAGAGUAAGCCAUAAAAGAAAAUUCAUAUAAUUUCAUGGAAUCAUUUAAUAGUAACUCUUUGUUUUCAAAUUUAAGAGCAUUUUACUUAAUUAUUGUGCGCCAAACUAGUAAUAAUAAAUAAAUUAUCAGUUGAGAAAAUAACAAAAUUAGUGAUAAUUGUAAUUACACGGAUUAUUCAGUGCGAUACUCUUAGUUUAUUGGAUUAUUGGUUUAUUCUCCUUAGAUGAUUGGAGAAUUUACACAUAUACUAUUAAAUAAAUAUAAAUUGAAACCGAGGGGUUAACCACUUGCAAUUUCGACAUAUAUCUAAAUUCAUAAAUUCAAAUGAAUACAGAGAAUUUAAAGAAAUCUGAUAUUAAAUUCAAGUAGAAUUAAAGCGAAUUCGGAAAAAUACCAGUAAAUUCAAAGAAUUCAAAGAAUAAAAAAAUUAAAUCGUGUUGAAUUGAUGUAAAUGCAGAAUAGUUUAAAGCGGAUUAAAAAGAAUACAUGUGAACAUAAUUGAUUUUAACUCAGAAUAGUAACUAAUUGAAUAUCUUACUGACUUUUUACUUUUUAGUUUGACAUAAAUUGAUUUUAUAUUUGGUAAGAAAUAAUUUUAAAUACAGCAGUUUCAGAAUUUAAACAUCUGAGUUCAUUAGAAUAGAAGUAAACUAUCUUCUUAUUUAUUUUUAAUACUUUUAAAAU